AUGGAAUUUACAGGUAUUGCAACAACAUUACUUCCACAAGGAAAGACUGCACAUAAAACUUUCGGCAUACCAGUUCGUUUAUUUUCUGAUUCCGUCUCCCGUAUAAAAACUCAAUCUAAAAAUGCUAAAUACUUACGAGAAAUAGAUAUUUUUAUUUGGGACGAAGCUCCAGCGGCCCCAAGGUAUGCUUUGGAAUUACUAUAUCGAACAUUACGUGACUUCAUGAAUGUUGAUUCACUAUUUGAUGGGGAAAUUAUCAUUCUUGGCGGAAAUUUUAGGCAGUUACUGCCUGUGCAAACUCAUGCGAUUCGCAGCGAAAAAUAUGAGUACUUUACCACAAGAAGCAGAUCUCGAAAAGUAUUUAUUGUCUGUGGAGAUGGUACUUUAUAUGACUAUCAGAAUUAUUUAAUAGCUCCAGAAAAAUGUGUAGCUACUAGAACCGAGGAUAUAGUAUAG